AAAGAAGAGAAGAGAGGGAGAGAGAGAUUAUGACGAUGGCUUUGCUCUUGAACUCGACGAUGACUGCAGUGGCUAUGAAGCAGAAUCCGGCGGUAGCCUUGUCUUCUUGGCCGCCUACUUGCUUGGGAUCUUCUAGUUUUUCACGUCGUCGUCCUCUUCGAGUUUCGUGUGUUGCCACAAACCCUAGAGAAACUAGUGAAGAAGAAACACACAAGAAGACGUUUCGACCCAUCAAAGAAGUACCAAACCAAAUGACACACACAAUAACACAAGAGAAGCUCGAGAUCUUCAAAUCUAUGGAGAACUGGGCACAAGAUAACUUAUUAUCUUACCUCAAACCCGUGGAAGCUUCCUGGCAACCACAAGACUUUUUGCCCGAUCCCAACGACGAAGACCGAUUCUACAAACAAGUGAAAGAGCUAAGAGAGCGAACAAAAGAGAUCCCUGACGACUAUUUUGUAGUCCUUGUCGGAGACAUGAUCACCGAGGAAGCAUUACCAACUUAUCAAACGACCUUGAACACUCUCGACGGGGUCAAGGACGAGACCGGCGGGAGUCUAACAGCGUGGGCUGUUUGGGUUAGAGCAUGGACGGCGGAGGAGAAUCGCCACGAUGAUUUGUUGAAUAAGUAUCUCUACUUAUCAGGUCGUGUUGACAUGCUACAUGUUGAAAGAACUAUCCAGUAUCUUAUUGGAUCCGGCAUGGACUCCAAAUUUGAGAACAAUCCCUAUAACGGCUUCAUCUAUACUUCUUUUCAAGAGAGAGCAACGUUCAUCUCCCACGGCAACACGGCGAAGCUAGCCAUGACCUACGGCGACACAACUCUCGCCAAAAUCUGUGGAACGAUCGCGGCGGACGAGAAGCGGCACGAGACGGCGUACACACGGAUCGUCGAGAAGCUAUUCGAGAUCGAUCCCGACCGGAUCGUACAGGCUCUUGCGAGCAUGAUGAGGAAACGAAUCACGAUGCCGGCUCAUCUGAUGCACGACGGACGCGAUGAAGAUCUGUUCGAUCAUUACGCCGCCGUAGCGCAGAGAAUCGGAGUCUAUACAGCGACGGAUUACGCCGGGAUUUUGGAGUUUUUGUUGCGGCGGUGGGAGGUGGAGAGGUUAGGGUCGGGUUUGUCCGGUGAAGGAAGGAGAGCACAGGACUAUCUGUGUACCUUGCCGCAGAGGAUCAGGAGGUUAGAGGAAAGAGCUAACGAUAGGGUCAAACUCGCGUCAAAACCUUCUGUUUCAUUCAGCUGGAUUUACGGGAGAGAAGUUGAACUAUAAAAACGACAAAGGCUUGCAAUGGCGUUAAUGGGCGAGCUCAUGGGCUUUACUAAAUGAGCGAAUAAGAGUGGCAGAUGUGUAAUAAAAGCAGUAUAUGAGGGGUGUUCUAAACAGAGUAAAGUAAUUAAAAAACAACGCUAAAAGAUUGGGUUUAUAUACCAUACGGCCCAUGGGCUUGUGAAGAAAAGCAAAGAAAAUAUCUGUAAGGAGUGGCAUAGACGUAAUUAGAAAGUAAACCUGAGGGAUAUUCUAGAGAAUAAAAAAAUAACAUUAAUAUUAAUGCCCGUGGCUCGAUCGUCACGCCCAAAGUUGAGUCUUCUUCUAUUUCACAUUUGUCUCUUUUUUUGUCACAGUCUCAGAGCAUAGAAAUAAUCGAAAGCUUUGUCUUGUUAAUCUGUGAUUCGUUUUGUUUCUGUUCAUUGAUUGAGAGUUUGUUUGAGAAGAAAA